AUGGUUUGUGAAAAGUGUGAAAAUAAAAUGGGUAUCACGGCCACGCCCGAUCCGUGGAAACAAGGAUGUCGUAAUGCAAUUGACACGGGUCUUGUGAAGAAACAAGACAAUAAACACCUACAAACCAUUGGAAAAAUCAAGACUAUGUCAGGAUCCAAAUCUCAAACGAAAUCUACAAUGAUGUAUGCAUUUGGUACAUGCAGAAUAUGUAAACAAAAAGUACACGAACCGGGGAGACAUUACUGUCAAAGUUGUGCGUAUAAAAAAGGAAUCUGUGCUAUGUGUGGUGUACGAAUUUUAAACACCAAAUCUUAUAAACAAUCUGCUACAUAA